UCAAAUAGUAAAUUAUUAAUUUAGGACAGGGCUUUAAUGUUUGGUUAUUUGGGACGAAGUGUACACAAGUUAUUACAUCAGGAAUAUACAAAGUCGUAUUACGAGUCAAACUGUGUACGAAUUAAUUACAAAGAUGCACCGGAAGUUAUCUCCCUUUUCAAACCAGCAAAUUGUUGAAAUCAGACGCUUUUUUCAACACCAAAGCAAUCAAAAGCCAUCACGUUACUAGAAUCGAAAUCAUGCCGCCAGUUAGAACGAGAGUGACCAAGAGAGCGUCCAGGAAGCGGAGGGAGACCAUGGGCACCCCAUCGAGAGGCAGAGGGCACCGGUGCAGUCAAAGCACUAGGCCCAGGACAAAUCUCACGCCAACACGCCAGGCCCCGGCCGAGGCAACAGACGCCGGUGGAAUUCCCCCAGAAGCUCUUCCUCUGCCAUCCGAUACUAUACAACCUACGCUGACAUCACAAAUAGAUCAAAGCAUCCCUGAAAUCCCCAGUGGAAGCGGUGCAAGUACAGACAUGCAUGCAGCAAGUGCGGAGCUAACCACCCAAGUGCCAGGUGUUCAAAAUAAUGGUUCAAUAUAUUCUUUGGGCACAACACCAAUCAAGUUACAAAAUUUAUGUAAACAUUUAGUUGGAUACUCUGAUUGUGAAUUCAUAUUCCAGAGUUUUAAGUAUGGUUUUAAUCUCCAAUAUUUGGGCCCCAGGCCCCCCCCAUGAAUCUUGUAACCUCCCUAGCCUCAAGGCUAAUACAGUAAUAGCUGAAAGUAAAAUUCAAAAAGAAGUAACAUUAAAACGAGUUGCAGGCCCUUUUGUUCACCCUCCAUUUCCAAACCUGCAGGUCUCCCCCUUAAGCCUUGUGCCUAAAAAAGAUGGUGACAUGCGACUCAUACAUCAUCUCUCUUACCCAGAAAACAAGUCAAUUAAUGAUUUUAUUGACCCUGAAGCAUGUAUAGUACAUUACAGCAAUAUAGAUCAAGCAGCAGAAAUGAUAGCUAAGGUGGGGAAAGGGGCCUAUUUAGCUAAGACGGACAUUAAAUCAGCAUUUAGACUGCUCCCAGUAUCCCCAGGUGACUUUGACCUGCUUGGUUUCAGAUUUCAGGACAAAUACUAUUUUGAUAAAAUGUUACCUUUUGGCUCUUCAAUCAGCUGUGCAUUAUUUGACAGGUUUGCAUCAUUCCUACAUUGGCUCACUCAAAACUACUCCCAAAAUGAUCUGAUAAUUCACUACCUUGAUGAUUUCCUUUUCUGCGGCCCACCAGGCACAUCCACUUGCCACAAUGCCUUAAAUGUUUUUAAAUACAUAUGUUCAGAUAUUGGUGUCCCAAUUGCUCAUGACAAAACAGUCGAACCUACACAAGUCUUAACAUUCUUGGGAAUAGAAUUGGACACGGUCAAUAUGACCAUGAAACUCCCCUCAGAAAAAUUAAACCAGAUUAAUGGCGUAUUAGAACACUUUUUGAAGGCAAAGAAAGUCUCCCUGAGAGAAAUGCAGUCACUUAUUGGCUUAUUAAACUUUGCGUGCAAGGUCAUUGCCCCUGGCCGGGCGUUCUGCCGCCGCCUUAUAAAUUCAACAAUAGGUAUUACUAAACAGCAUCACAGAAUAAGGGUAACAAAGAACAUAAAAGCUGACCUCACAGUAUGGAAAACUUUUUUGCAAUCUUACAAUGGUAUAUCGGUUAUAUUUACCCAGCCCUGGAUUCACAAUGACACAAUUCAACUUUUCACAGAUAGCUCAGGGGGAACUAAUGGAGGGUUUGGUAUUUACUUUAGGGGGAAAUGGGCUUAUGGGGUCUGGCCAAGCCUUUGGGUUGAACAAGGUAUUACUAGGGACAUGACUUUCCUGGAACUUUUCCCCGUCGUGGUUGCUAUUAUAUUAUGGCAGAGCCACUUUGCCAAUUCCAGACUUGUUUUCCACAUUGACAACAUGUCAGUUGUCCACAUCAUCAACAACUCGACGUCUAAAUCUGAUAGGGUCAUGAAUCUUGUCCGCAAGCUUGUGUUAAUAUGCCUAAAGUCAAAUAUCUGUAUUAAGGCCUUGUAUAUCCCCACAAAACAAAACUUCAUUGCAGACUCCUUAUCUCGAUUUCAGUGGGGCAGAUUCAGGCGACUGGCACCGCAGGCAGACCUAGGGCCCACCCCACUACCAAGCCACAUCUGGGAAAUAUAAUGCUUGAAGCCAAUCGAUUACUACAAUGUUCAAUAGCACCAUCAACACAUCGAGCAUAUUCAACAGCGCUGAACAAAUUUCAAAACUUCAUUUCAGAAUUUAAUUACCAAAUUAUAUGGCCAGCACCAGUGCAACAGCUCGUGAAUUUUA